UUGACUUAACUUUCACUUAACCACGCAGAAUGGUCAGUCACUCGUACGACGUUAAAGAGUAAAAUGUUAAAUAAAUAAAAAAUGUACAACCAAAUUAGUCAUGUGCCAAAGCUUUUGUGUAUAGUUUUAUUAUUUAUAUUUACAGAUGUGAGCGCUCUGGUAUUGAGAGCGUACAUAUCACAACACGGUCUCCAUGGAGAAAUCGAGUUCUCACACAAGAAUGAGAGUCUCAUCAGCAUCAGAACUAACUUGAAGACAACUCUGCAGUAUCCCGACGGGGUCUGGAGGUGGGCCAUACACGAGUAUCCCGUGGACUAUACGGAUAUAUCAAACGAAAGAUGCUCACAAGAGAAUCUUGGAAGAGAAGUCGUAGAUCUCACGGAGGAACUCGGCUACCUGAUCGUGCCUGGGAAGGACCAUGCCGAGUUCGAGAGUAAAGUUACUCUCACGGGUCCCCUGGGACUGUGGGGCAAGAGUAUAUUGUUAGAAACAGCCGAGAGAGAUAGGAUCAUCUGCGCCUCGAUUCUCUCAACGGACAAAUUGUACGAGAAACAUGCGUUCGCAAGAUUUAGUGCUCCCAUAGCGGGGACAUUACACUUCAGAUGGCUGGCGGCGCGAGAAUUUGACGAAACUGACUCUUAUAUCCAGGCAGACUUAUAUCACAUAAAGACCGUGAAGGAGAACCAAGGAUAUUCCCAGCACAAGUGGAAGUUAUUUGUUACAGAUAUCUUUGAUUCGGACAAAGGCAACCACGAAGAUAAUUGUAACGUUCUGCAGCUUGUAUUUGAUCCUGAAAAUAGCGGAGACGGGAUGAGCGUCGGUGACCUGGACAGCAGGCUGGGACUCAUCAAAGUGGCCACAGACCCGAAUGUAAAGAACACGAGGACUCUGUAUAGAGACGACGUGUUGAAUGUUCUGAGAAAUGAUAUGGAGGUCACGAGGAGAAGUCUGUACGUGGUCAUCUAUGAUAACAAACACUCGGAGAGCUUCCUAGCAUGCGCCAAGUUAAGGACCAUGCCUCCGCGGAGUACGAAGGGCCUUAUCAAUAUGGAUGGUAUACGGGGCACCGUUGAGUUCACACAGCGCUCUCCCUUCGACCCGACCUGGGCUAACUUUCAAUUGGGUGCGUCCGAUCAGGACUACGAGUCCAACCUGCGGUUCGUGAGCUCCAUGGUCCAGUACAGCAUCAGGGAGCUUCCUCCAAAGCUGGUGGACGCCAGUCAGUGGACCAGCGUGUGCAAUACUACAGGGAAUUUAUACAAUCCCAUGGGACUGGACUUGAACAACAUACCGCCACCAGGUAUGGGUACCCAGGAUCAGUAUCCUGUAGGUGAUCUCCUCGGAAAGUACAAGGAUCGCACCGAAUACCUGAAUCACAAGUACCUCCUGCCGGGACUCGCCAAUGAACUAAGUGGAGCCUACUGGGACGCCUGGCUACCGCUCAGCGGCAAACAUAGUGUGGCGCAUCGAGCUGUUGUACUCACGCGUCGUCCUCCCAAGCACGAGGUGUGCGGCACGAUCUUGCUGUACGAGUACGGCACGGACGAGCAGACGAGGAUGACUUCCGCCAGGGUAGUGUUCAGAUACCCCAUAGUGGGCAGUGUGCUGUUCAGACAACCCAGCGAGAGGCCCUGGGAAGAUACCACCAUUAUUAUAGAGAGUAUGGUCCACGCAGAUGGUGCCAAUAUAAACAACACAUUCGAGCAUCGCUGGGCACUCCACUCGGAGCCCCCCGGGAAGGAUUACUACAACUGGACGGGGCGCUGUCUGUCGGCGGGGAGCCUGUUCGAUCCUUACGGGAUCGACGUGGACAGUAGACAUCCCGAGUACUACUGUAGGAGGGGUCUCGAGGGACUCUGCCGUCUAGGAGACCUCACCACCAGACACGGCACGCUGUCAGUGGCCGGCAAGAAAUCGGCGUCUUCUGCCCUGACGAGGCGGCUGUUCUCUGACCCGCUGCUGUCUCUCCACGGGAGGAGGUCGGUUCUGAGGCGGUCGCUGGUGGUGUACGAUGACCACGGACCGCUCGCUCGGGGGGAGAGGAUGGCCUGCUCGAUUGUGACCGGACACGCUCGGCGGAAGGCGGUAGUCCAGGACUGGUUCGGGAACGGGAACGAGAUUCGUCUCCGGGGGAAGCUGGAGUUCACCCAGCAGUCGGAGUACGAUGUGGUCAACGUGGAGGUCACGCUCGAGGAGCUGGCGGCCGACGCCGGGGGAUAUAAUAUACAUGUCACUCCCAUCGAGAGAGACCUGGAGUUCCCAUGCGAGAGGACGACCAUCUACGACACCUACAACCCUUUCCACGUCAACAAGGCUCAAGUGCCGCCGCCGACCAAAGGCACAGCGGACCAAUACAUGUUGGGUGACCUGGGCGGCAAGUACGGUCUGUUGAAUGAUCUCAAGAAAUACAGCACCUACUACAACGAGACUCAACUCUCCCUGUUCGGACCGUACAGUAUCCUCGGACGGUCGGUCGCCCUGCAUAAAAAGUCGUCCGACCGUCGCUGGGCGUGUUCGUCCGUGGAGCGCGGGUACAGUCCAUCCGAGGCCCGGGAGCUGCGCGCCGUGGCCUCCUUCCACCACCCCGGGGGGUUCGCGUACGGCUACGUGAGGUUCACACAGCUGAUACACAACGAUGGCAGCGCCAGCGACACCCUCAUAGAAGUCAACCUGAGACAUCCGGGGGUCAGGGACCGGAACCUGACUCACGAUCACCGCUGGGAGGUGUUCGUGAACCCGGUGGGUGUGGACGCGGCGGUGAAGGUGACGGGCACGCGCUGUGUGGCGGGCGGAUACCGCUGGAACCCAUACUUCACGCAGCUCGCCGACCCUCUUAAUCACGAGCUGUACAGUCAAGAGUGUGGCGCGGACAACCCGCUGCGGUGUGACGUGGGCGACCUCACCUCCAGGCUGGGAACUAUAUCGGUGGGCGGUGACCGUCAGGUGUUCGUGGACAGUAACCUGCCGCUGGAGGGGUCGGUGUCGGCGCUGGGUCGCUCGCUGGUCAUCCUGGGCCCCGAGCGCUCCUCCGAGAGGUUCGCGUGCGCCAACAUACAACCAGACAAGGACAUCAUCAAAUAUGUCAACGUUAUGAAGCCGCCCAGAUUCGUCCUAGGUCAGUUCCUGUCCGAGGUCCGCAAGGUACUAGGCGCUCCGCCGUGGAUGGUGUCUGUGGACUCCCGGCGCACGCGGCCUCUCCACCGCGGCUCCUGUCUCCAACUCCUCAUGCACUUCACGGGACCCGACGCUAACAGACUCGAGCUGGACUUCACGAGGUUGCUGGCGUCGGGUCGCCUGGCCGCGCCCAGCAUCUUCAUCCCGGGGUACGUCAACACCAAGAGGAAGACCACCAUAUCGUAUAAGCAGUGUGGAGUCACUGACCCCAACGAAAAGAAGAGAAAUUUGGAAGGACCGUUUUUGUUUUUUGGUCCUCAUUCGUUACAAAAAUAUCGAAGACCGGCCUUGCAGUCGCUUGAUCAAGACGAUCUGAUGAGGAUAUACGGCGAGCAGACCGCCAUAGUCGUGUUCAACAACCAGGAUUCUGUACCUCUGUCCAGUGGAAUCUUCCCUCGCCUGAGGAAGAUGCUGGAGGGUCAGACUACGCUGGUCCUCCCUCAGGACUUCUUAGACGUCCAUCCCGAUUACAUUAGUAACGAAACACAAGUGUUAACACUACAAGGCCCGUGGUCUGAACGCGACGCUCAGAUGACGGAGACGUUUGCGAGGCUUCAGGACAUAUACGGCGCUGGAAGAGUCCUUGGAGUAUUAGGUAACUCAGUCUCUCAAAGUCAACCGUAUUACGAGACUGAAUGGACUCGAGUAAGACGUCAGGCUAAGGACGUGACCACUACGUCAGCUACCACCGAAGACGUGCAAGAGAAACCAGCCAGGAAUCUCCAGAAAUAUGCUUUGUAUAAUGCAACAGGUCCCCCCGGGAAGGCGGCGCUGCUGUAUUCUUCAGGCUGGCCGGAACUGCGUUGGCCUGACGGCACGGUGACAGUGUUAGACAGUCCCGUUGGCGAGCCCACCAUCAAACCAACCCGACUCUACACCAUACUGGUAGUGAGGUUCGCUGACGGAGACAAUACCAGAGAUAAGAUAACUCUGGAGUUCUCGUUCAAGCAGUCUGGUUCGUGGUGGUCGGCAGUAGGUGUGGAAAUCCGCCGAGGGUUGGAGACAACCGGGUUAAACAUGCCCGCCCUCGAUCCACCCGCCGCUGUCCUGGGAAGGGCCUUCCAUUGCUCUCUACCGCUCAUAUAUGAGGCGGAUGACGCUAGACUUACCUUCCCUGAUAUCAGAAUUCAACCGUUUAUGGAGAGCACAGAGAAGUUUGCUGAUGCGUUUGAUUGUAUCGGCUUCACGACGGUACCUAUCUGGUCCGGCCUGAUGGUGACGGGUCUGAUGCUGGUGGUGCUGUUCGUAUCCAUCUGUAUGAUCAUGGACAUCAAGACGAUGGACCGCUUUGAGAACAACCGCUCCAAACAACUCACUAUCACCGUCUAUGAAUAAAACGCAUAAAACAACCAACAAACAGCCUCAGCGUAUUGAAACUAACUUCUUCAAAAUUAUAAUUAGAAUUAAACUAUCUUGUUACAUUAACAACAUCAAAAUGUGCAUUAAAAAUAUAUUUUUAGUAUAAAUAAAGACAUAUCUCCGUAGAAACGUUCCAAUAUCAUUGUCAACACGUAAGAUAGGUGGUUAUUAUGUCAGCUGUUAAUAGUUAUAAAGAAUAUUCAACGUUUAAUAAAUGUUCACGACAAC